ACGGUAGCUCGCAUGGCCCUCUGCGGUGCUCCCAUACCUUCACGCUCAACCAUACCACUCGAGGGUCAAUCACUGUGACAGUCUUCACAUGUCCGUCACCCAGCCACUUUGAGUCGAUGCACGCUGCCGUCGCGUGGAGACUGGCGUACGACUCGGGCGCGCAACUGGCAACGCAGGAACAACUAUCCCUCAUCGCAUCUGCAGGGCCGGCACUAGAGGCCCAGUGCGCCCGCGAACACGUCGGGUCGUGGAUGGAUGGUCGCAAGCGUUUCGAAGGACUCCCGGGUUCCCCAACCGUCCAGCUACACUUCACCGCCUGGGACCUUAAUGAGAACACGGACCCCGGGCUCAUAUCUGAUUAUGGACUACGAGGCUCUGGUUUUUCCGACGGAGAUUGCUAUGCUCUCGACAUCCGUGUUGAACUCCCGGGCUCAUCAAUUGCAAGCCAAACCGCGAACACUACCGUAUCCAGGGUCCGUCAAGGACGCCGGACCUCUUUCCGAGUGGAUCUCGCCGGCGUCGGCCGCACUUCAGGCGCUGCUGCCAUCGCUGACGCGAAGGAUACCGGAGCAUUGCUAAAGACCGAUGUAGACAUUGGUGUGCCAUCGGCCGUGUCAUCUGCCAACGUUUACAGCCCGCAUCGGCGUUUCCGAUAGCACCGCCCAAGUGAACUCACACUGAGGCCACGGAUGAGGAGGGGAGCCCAGU